AUGGGGGUCGAUGCAUAUUACACUUUACUGCGAAAUGACCGGCGAGGCAAUCCGCCUCUAUAUAUCGGCAUCUUUCCACGAGAUCGCGUUUUUCACUUGUUCCAUGACGCGGCUCAUCCGAACCCUAAAGUCACUGAUCAGUCAAAAAUAACUCGACACGUUCAAUUACAUUCAAUUCCUGAAAAAUUUGUCACACCCGACGGGCGUUUCGAGCAUGUUCACAUGAAUCUAAUAGGUCCCUUGCCUGAGUCGGACGGGUACAGAUAUUGUGUGACGAUGAUUGAUAGAUUUUCGCGUUGGCCAGUAGCAAUACCUCUAAAAGACAUUGAAACCAUUACAGUGGCACGCGCGUUUUACGACAACUGGAUAGCAAAUUUUAGGGCACCCAAAACGAUAACUACUGAUCAAGGUAGUCAGUUCGAAGCGCAACUUUUUACUGCACUUCUUCAGCUGAUCGGCUGUCAACGAAUUCGUACCACGGCGUAUCACCCCGCCUCGAACGGUAUGAUCGAGCGGUGGCAUAGAAGUUUAAAAGCUGCUAUUAUGUGUCAUGCUAAUGAAGAUGACCCAAUAUUAGGUCUGCGUACUCAUGUCCGCCUUGACACCGGCGCAUCGCCUGCGGAAUUUGUUUAUGGAACGACGCUGCGCGUCCUCAGAGAAUUUGUACUGCCGGACGACUUCACUCCUAGUCCGCAAAUUUUCAUUGAGGAAUUCCGCGAGCAUAUGCACAAAGUUAAGCCAAUCUCGAUAGAGCAUAAGCACAAGAAACGCGCAUUCGUAUUUAAAGAUUUAUAUUCAUGUUCCCAUGUUUUUCUACGGGUGGGCGGUACCAAGAGAGCGUUAGAGCGGCCCUACACCAGCUCUCACAAGGUUAUAAAUCGUGUUUCGGAUCGAGUAUUCAACACUGACGUUAAUGGUACACAGCGCAGUGUAUCGAUCGAAAAUUUAAAACCAGCGUAUGGCAUACGCGAUGACUUGUAUAGUGAGAUUCCAGAAGCAGGGCAAACAGCCAAUUCGUUUAGCAACGAGCGACCAACUUUGAGAACGUAUGCGCGCCCGAAGAGGAAGAUCUAA